AUGUUGUCCCGCCGGCGCAGGACCCUCGCUAUCCUAUCAACAGUACUGGCGGCCUGGGCCUGGUGUGCCGCCGCAGCGCCUGCUCAAGACAAUGUCAAAGGCGCCGCGCCUGCGUUAGGAGAUAUCACACAGCAGCUGCAGGAGUGCGCUGUUGUCCAGGCUCUGAAUGAACAGAAAGUCGCCUCUACUCCAGAAACGUCGUCCAUCACCUCGCACAUCUUCGCCGCCCUCUUCCCUGGCUCUCCUGCCGUCAACGCGUUGCUUGCUACUCUCUACAUCUCAGGCCCGCCCAACUUCCUCCUUGCACUAUGUCCGCCGAACAUCGAUCCCUCAUCCCUCUCCGUUAUGGUCGCUUUCGCUGUGGGUGGACUUCUGGGAGACACGUUAUUCCACUUGUUACCGGAGAUCUUCCUGGGCGAGGAUGAGCAUGACAAGGUCAAAUUCGUCAUGGUUGAGCCCAACAAGAACCUGUUGCUAGGUGCCGCGAUCCUUGCUGGCCUCAUCACCUUCGUGGCCAUGGAUAAGGGCCUGAGGAUUGCAACUGGUCAUGAGGGUGGCCAUAAUCACUCACACAGCCACGCUCCUGAGGUCGGGAGCGAAGUUGCAAAGGCUUCUGGCAUCGAUGAAGAUGAAAAGACCGCUCUUCGCGCGCGCAAGGCAGCUGGAAAUGGAGCUAUAUCGAAGCAGACCAAAGUGGCGGGAAGUGAAAAGGAGGUCAAUGCGAGCGUGAAGCUCGGCGGCUAUCUCAACCUGAUUGCAGACUUCACCCAUAACAUCACUGAUGGACUGGCUCUAUCCUCUUCCUUCUAUGCCUCGCCCACUAUUGGCGCAACCACCACGGUCGCAGUCUUCUUCCAUGAGAUCCCUCAUGAGGUGGGCGACUUCGCUUUGCUCAUCCAGUCUGGCUUCUCCAAGAAAGCUGCAAUGGGCGCGCAGUUCGUCACGGCCAUUGGGGCCUUCCUUGGAACAUGCAUUGGCAUUGCGAUACAAGAGUUUGGCGGAAACUCGGCUACUGCUGAUGCUAACAGCCCGGGACUUCUGGGCACCAGUCUCCAAUGGGGCGAUCUUCUGUUGCCCUUUACUGCAGGCACCUUCUUGUAUGUGGGAACAGUGGCCGUUAUCCCAGAACUUCUAGAGACCGGACCCGAUAAAGCAAAGGAGCUCAGAAAGACUUUGACUCAGUUUGCCGCUAUCUUCCUGGGUGCGGGAAUCAUGCUUGCGAUCUCGUGGUCUUAA